AUGCCCAGCAAUGGGAUCUUCCAGGUCAUGUCGGGCAUCGUGGGGGCCACACCCGAUGCCACGGGCCGCAUGGAAAAGUUCACUGAACUUGUGAAGAGCCUCAUCGAGCAACACGACGUGCAGCAGCUCAAGGACUUGGUGGAUGGCAUGCUCGCCGAGGAGUCCAGCUUUGCGUUGUUCGCCCGCCCUGUGCUUCAGCAGGUGGCGGAGCAGAUGGACAAGCUGAAAAACACUGAGCUGAAGGAGCUCGCCUUACACACGCUCGAUCGUCUGCGCGGCCGAGUGGUCUCCUUCGAGGAGGAGGACUUCGUAAUCCGAGAGCUGCUGUCCGAAGUCUUCCAAGCUGAGGGCGAUUGGGCCGAAGCCGCAAAGUGCUUGGCGGCCAUCAACUUAGAAUCAGGAACCCGCUGCCGCACCCCUCUGCAGAAGGCAGAGAAGUACGUCAAGAUAGCAGAGCUCUACCUUGAGGACGAUGAUCCCAUCUCUGCUGACACGUUCUGCUCGAGGGCGGCGAUGGUCAUGCACGAGGUGAACGACACGCCGCUGCUGCUGCGUUAUCGGGUCUGCCAUGCGCGUGUCCUCGACAGCAAGAGGACAUCCUCGGGGCUCCAGGGUAUGAACCCUAUGAUGGCUAUGAUGGCCCAGAUGGCAUCCAUGGGAUCCGCGCCCGCCAACGACGAUGAGGAAGAACCCGAGCCCAAGAAGGAGGAAAUGCGACCCAUCAGUCGCAAAUUCGCGCUGGAGGAAGGCCCUGUCAGCGAGGCUGCACGGAAAGGGAAAGGGAGGGGCAAGCGUGCUCCGAAUGCGGAGCACUGCCUGCCGACGAUUCAUCCCGAGGUGGAGGCUCUUUGCAAAAAGUUCAAUAUCGAGGACAAGAUCGUGAGACGACUUGACGACGUCAUGCGAACGAGAGAAGACAGCUUCGAGGAAGACCUGAAAGCGCUUUAUGAGGUCUGCGAAACGGCGAAGAAACCGUCAGGGUCGCUGAUGGUGAAAAUUGGUGAGCUAGAACGCGGUUGCUUCACGGGCGCCGGCAAGCUGGACCAAUGUAUGCUUACUUUCAGGAGCAAGUACAAGCUGGAUGACCGCGCUCACGCGAGGUUCGUGGAAGUCUGUCAUCCUCGAGCUCAAAAGCUGGACGACAUCAAACGUCUUGAGAAGUACCUCAAAGGAAACCAGAACCCAUCACAGGCCAUCCUGCCCCUACUCACGCGAAUUGAGAAGGACGGUCGCUUAGACAGUCCGGAGCGGAACAAAGACAAGGACCGCGAUCGACCAGGCGGCCGCCACCGUAGCCGCUCGCGCUCCCGGUCGCGAAGGAAGAAAGACAAAUCUCGAUCCAAGUCUCGGAAGAAGGGGCGGUCAAGAUCCAGAUCACGAUCGAGAUCGUGA